AUUCUCCUGAGUCUUUCUUUCCCAAUAUGGUUACUCUGCCUCUUCUCCGGCGACUAUUUGUCACCAUCUCCGGCUACAUCAACCCCCCACCUUCCACUUUCUCACUUUUCUUCAGUAGAAUGCUUUCAGUUUAAGCAGCUUCAUCCCAAUCCUUCUCCCAUUUCAACCCAUUGCCUACUCUCAGUCUGCCCCAGUUGUUCUCUCUUAUCCACACAGCUUUUGGCCCCUGGUUUUCAUUUCUUCAACUGUUCAAGAAGAACCCAUUGUCUGUUUUCAGUGUAAAAGUUUCUGUCUUUGGGUCCUCUAGGAAAAGUAGCCCUUGAAAAGCUUUCCAGGAAAAGAAGUAAAAUCCUUCUGCAAGCAGAAUUUUGAAUUUUUUUAGGAGGCAGUCAUCGUGGAAUGAUUCUACUUGGAGAUAAGCUGAAUAAUAAUGGGAUGUUUCUGAGAUGGUCAUGGUGGCAAUCCACGCCGGUUUGUUGAAUUUCUGGGAUUUAGACUGUCUUUUCAGGAUCUAUAAGCAUAUUCAGAUAUGCCUGAACAGGACAGACUUCUCCUCAAAUUGUGUUUCUUGCUAUGUAUCUUUGCUGGGUUCCUGCUACAUUCUCUUGGCGCUUCAGAGAUUCCCUUGGAUUCAAAACUUUCUAUAGUUGAUAAAGACAUGUGGGUCUCUCCAAAUGGUGAUUUUGCAUUUGGAUUUUUUAACAGUCCAGAUGAGCCAAACUAUAGUGUUGGGAUCCGUUCCAAUUCGAAGUCUAUUCCUCUUGAUAAACAAAUUGUGGUGUGGAUUGCUGGAGCUGAUCUUAUUCUUGGUAACAAUUCUUAUGUCCAACUGACCCAGGAUGGUGAACUAAUUUUAUUUGAUUCCUUAAAGGGAGUGAUAUGGAGCAGUAAAACAAGGCAGUUAUCUGUUGUUUCAGCUGCUCUGAAUGACAAUGGAAAUCUUGUCCUAUUGAAUAAAGAGAAACAUAUUGUUUGGCAAAGUUUUGAUACACCUUCUGACACACUUCUUCCUGGACAGAACUUCUCUAUGUUUCAAACACUCCGAGCUGCAAGCAAGAAUUCUGUGUCCAGUUACUACACUCUUUUCAUGAAUGCUUCUGGUCAGUUGCAACUGCGAUGGGAAAGUCAUGUUAUCUAUUGGACAAGUGGAAGCCCUUCUAGUUCGAACCUCAGUGCUUUCCUCACCUCUGAUGGAGCCCUACAACUCCGCGACCAGAACUUGAAACCUGUUUGGUCACUGUUUGGAGAAGAUCACAAUGACUCUGUAAGUUACAGAUUUCUUAGGCUAGAUGUUGAUGGUAAUCUCCGGUUAUACUCAUGGGUAGAGCCUUCAAAGUCAUGGAGAUCAGUCUGGCAGGCUGUUGAGAACCAGUGCAAUGUCUUUGCAACCUGUGGCCAACAUGGCAUCUGUGUCUUUACUGAAUCUGGGUCCCCUGAUUGCGAAUGCCCGUUUAAGCAUACAAAUGAAUCCAUUUCCAGAUGUUUGAUUCCAAAUCAUCCGUGUGAUUCUGGUUCUGACAUGCUUAAAUAUAUGCAUACUUUCCUGUAUGGAAUGUAUCCACCAACUGAUGAUUUAGUUGCCAAAGUUAGUUUACAGGGAUGUAAGAGUUUGUGCCUGAAUGACCCAUCUUGUAUAGCUGCAACCUUCUCAAAUGAUGGAACUGCACGGUGCUUAAUGAAGAGAACGCAGUAUGUUACUGGCUAUUCAGACCCUUCACUAAGUUCAGUAUCUUUUGUGAAGACGUGUGCAUAUCCAUUAGCUGUAAAUCCCAAUCAUGUGACGACCUCCCCUUCUCCACUCGAGCAGUCUCAUAAGUUUUGUUUCCCUUGUGUGAUCGGAGUAGCCUCAGGAAUGUUCGUUGUCUUUGUUUUAGUUCAAUUGGCACUUGGUUUCUGGUUCUUCAGAAGAAGAAAUUUGGAUAGAAAGAAAGCCGCUUUGGCUUAUACCAGCCCCAACUCAAAUGGUUUGAUUGUGUUAUCCUUCUCUGAAAUUGAGGAGCUUACAGAGAACUUUAAGCAUCAGAUUGGGCCAAAGAUGUUCAAAGGUGUUCUUCCAAAUAAAAAGCCAGUUGCAAUCAAAGAUCUGAAUAUAACCAUAGAAGAAAGAAAAUACCGGAGUGCAGUUUCAAAGAUAGGAAGCAUUCAUCACAAAAAUCUUGUGAAACUGCAGGGCUACUGUUGUGAGUUAGAUCACAGAUUUCUAGUCUAUGAAUAUGCCAAGAAUGGUUCAGUGGAGAAAUAUUUAGAAGAUCUUAAAUUGUGUAAGAAGCUGACUUGGGGAAAGAGAUUUGAUAUAUGUUUAAGUGUGGCAAGGGCCAUUUGUUAUCUACACACAAGCUGUAGGGAAUUUAUGAGCCAUGGAAACUUGAAAUGCGAGAAUGUGGUAUUGGAGGAAAACUUAGAGGCCAAGGUGACUGAAUUUGGACUCGGAAAAGUAGUCAGCGAGGCAUCGUGCUCUUCUGCAGAGAGAGAUGUAGAGGACUUUGGCAAGAUGGUGUUAGUAUUGGUUAGUGGGUGCAGAGGAGUUGGGGACCUUUGUGAGUGGGCGUACACAGAGUGGAUGGAAGGGCGUCCAGAGAAUGUAGUGGAUAAAAGAAUAAGUGGUGGGUUUAAUCUGCAAGAGCUGGAACGUUCUUUAAGAAUUGCAUUUUGGUGUCUCCAAAUUGAUGAACGCCGGAGACCUUCAAUGAGAGAGGUGGUUAAGGUGUUGGAGGGCACAUUGAGUGUUGAUCCACCUCCGCCCCCAUUUGGUUGUAAUGGGCCACCUGAGGAAGAAGAGGAGCCAUAGAAUCCAGCUAUAUCGAAAAAAUAGUUAUUUUUUUUCGAAAUACCUUCAGGAGUUUCAAGCUGUGUAUAGUAGGACUAACAACAGAAUGACAAUUUGAUCUUGUGUUUUCCUUUUUCUUUGAGAGAUAGGCCUAACAAAAGAUUUCCUCCCUAUCUGGGUUUC